UCAAAUUCCAAGUAACAGGUGCAUUAAAAUUCGUGCCUCUGUGGCUAAAAUCAGAGGAUUUAAGCAGCUGUUGUGUUUCUCCCUUAAAAGCCUUGCGACAUUAGGUGGUAAGUGCUGAAGAUCUUUGCAAAUUUCACAUGCUACACAUAGUCAGCGACCACCACCUGCCCACUGUGGGAUACCUGUGACAGUAAUUUAUUAUGUCAGUAGUGUGGUCUGCUAUGGAGUGUGAAUCACACUUUCUGAGUGUUGGUGAGAAGGGCACAGAAUGACUGUAAAUACCCUCCAAAGUAAUCUUUAAAAUGAGCAAUCUUCGAGAUGCUUGCUUCAUUAACUGAUCGUAGAUUUACUGAUAGAGGUUUUAGACUUCAGACAAAAACAGGAACUGCUGUGUGUAUAUAAACCCGGUCUCGAUUAUCACAUGCUUAGCUCUCAUUCAUCUGCCAAAGCUUUACCACACGAGAUUGACACUGUAGUGUGGAGUCUACCUACUCAGCCUAGAGACUAAGUGCAAGAAAAUGUGAGAAAGAUGCUACUACUUGGAAUUCUCUGUACAGUUCUGACCCUUACACAAUUAUCCAAAGCCAGAUCACAAGCUCAGGCGAAUGCGCUCACCUGUGUGACGAAUUACUGGCUCACCAUCGAUUGCUUUUUAAAACCCACAGCCAUUCCCAACAGAAGUGAAACAACCUCAUACUGGCUGGAAUUCGUUUUACAGAACAAACAAUUGGUCUAUAACUGUUCACUUACACUAAGAGAGGAUGAUUACAAUUGCAUGUUCAAAGCAAGCAAAAUUCCAUAUCGGAAUUCAUUUGCAGAUUACCAUUAUUUUGUUGUAUCACUUUGUUAUUGGGAGAAUGGCCUUAAAAAGUCAGUACUGGAUUCUAAAUAUUACCCAUCAAAACAUAUCAAACCACUUACACCAAAUAAUUUAACAGUGAGUAAAGCAGACAGAAACUAUACCUUUAAGUGGACGAGUGGAUACGAGAAACACACACUUAAUUACGUUUUGCCCUUUGAAUACAAAUUAUCAUACCACAAAGAGGGAUAUCCUGACAGUGCAUUAUCUGUGCAUGUAAAAGGAACAGAGUUCAAUAUUUCAGAAGCAGAAUUCGAACCAGGUACUCAGUACACUGCUAAGGUACGCAAUGAAAUCUAUCCUAAUAGUGUCUAUGAUGGGACAAGCAGUCACUGGAGCUCUGCCGUCAAAUGGAACACCUCACACAAAGCAUUCACACAUACUGCUCAAUCUUCACUCACAGAGCACAAUCUAGCCUUGCUUCCAUCUACAGCCGUGAUGGUUAUUCUGAUUUGUUUGGCGGUGGCAGUAACCUUUCUGCUGUUAUACCCUGUUGCAAGAAUGAAGAUCAAAGAUAUCAUUUGGGUGGCAACGCCAUCUCCAAACUUCCAAUCACUUUUGCAAAAUCAUCAGAGCAAUAUCAAGGAUUGGGUGCCCAAAAGUCAAGUGCAACAAAUCUACAGUGAAGAAAUUUCGACAAUUGACGCGAUAACAGAGAUCACAGCUGUAGAGCGGGAUCAAGAAAAGAUCUCAAGCAUGUAUGUCACACCCCAGUAUCAGACCCCUUACGUUGGCCCCUCAGCAGAAGUCUGGGCCCCCUUACAAAAGUCUGACACACACAGUGUUGCUAGUAUAUCUUGUAAAGAUCUCGACUUCCUACCUGAAGAGUCUGCAGUUGAAGAGCCCAUGCUUUGUUUGACCAUGUUUGAACCAAUUGCUGUUGAGGGUUUUUUGUGCAUGGACGACCUGGAGCUCGGUCAUGAGGACCUGGAGCCUACGGAAACGUUGACCGUCACUCCAAAACCUGUAUGUUUUACUCAAAAUGGUUUCACUCAAAAUUAUUGCACCUUGACUAACACCCCCAUUGGUCUUAUUCCCACGUUUACCACGGGGCCUUGUAAUCCUGAACUGGUGCCAGCUGCUAAUGCUUCAAAAGAGCCGUUAUAUGAGCAGACAGAAGAGAAUUCAUCAGAACUGGUUACAGUGACUCUUGACAGUUUGCAACUGUCUAUGGAAGAUUGAGCAUAUGCUCAUAUUGUCUCAAUGAAUUGGUCCCUUGGACUUAAAUCUCACCAAACCAUUACAAAAACAUUUACCCAAUAAUCAUGUGUUAAUAAUCCACUUUGAGCUCUCACCCAAGACAAUUAGGAUUCUGGCCAUUUACAACCAUAUGCCGCCCGUCUAUUUCAUUUGCAAAUGUAUUGUUGAAAAGGCUUUUAUCAAGUGAUGUGCUGCCCUCUACUGGCUAAAAUAAUACAACACUUGGCUAAGUUUUUAUUUUUGCAUAAUAAUAGACAUAGGUUUUAAUAAGGUAUGUACUCUUACAGUAGUUUUAGUUUUGCUCCAUUGAUUUCCUGUUUUUGUUGUUGUUUUUUUUAGUUUAUUACUGACUUACAAAACUCUUUAUAAUCCUUCACCCCUUUAUCUUAUACAGUAAAGCUUUUGGGACCUUUAUACAGUAAUGACUCUGUCUAGUGUUCAGGUGUGAAAACACUUUAAAUAUCCCUAAAAUGAUACUGAGAACAAAAUGAGAUCUUAACAGACUUUGGGAGUGUUCUCCUCCCAGCUAUGGGAAAUGGCUCAAUCUGUUCUUUGCUUUAAAGCUCUUUUAAAGGCACAUUUUAUGUCAGCUUUAAGUGGCUUUACUAUUGUGUAGGCUAUGUUUCUUUCUUUUUACUUAUGAACAGUUGCUCAAUCUCAAUUUCCUCUUUCUUGUGGUUAAUGUCAUAAAUGUAUGUUCUUUUUA